UUGAAUGUGUCUAUAAUAUCACAAAUGAUAUAAUCUUAUCGUAUGAGUAUUAGGUUAGUGUUAAAGGAGUAUAUAAGCUGACUGGUAGCCUAGAGUAAUCAUGUAUUCAAAAGAAAACAUUUGCAGAGGCAACAUGAUGAAAUUCCUUUUGGCUAUUUUGGCCGUUCUUGCCGUGACCAGCCCUCUGGAGGCUUUCACAGUUCCACGCACUGGAAACGGUGCUCUUGCUGACGAAUUGCAAAAAUUUGUUGACCUUAUUCCUAUAAAAGAAAUUAUUGAAAUUGUUCACCGAUACAAAACAGAAGAUAUUGAAUUCCAACAAGUACUUCAGUACUUCCAAUCAUAUGAGUUCAAAACCUUGAUCACUGAAAUCGAAAGUAUUCCUGAAUGGAUUCAUAUUCUGAACUAUGCACAGAGUGCUGGUCUCGACGCAUAUUACCUGGUGAACAAGGUCAAUGAAUAUUUACACUUGCCAUCGCUCAAACCAAGUUCCCAUGCUACCAAAAAUAUUGGUGGAAUCCGUGGUUUCCUCGAUGAAGUCGAAGCUUUGAUACCUCAGGACCAGCUCAAGUCCCUCUACCUGGAGAGAGUGGCUAACUCUGCUGUUUUCGCUGACUUCAACAGGAUGUUGGGAUCUCCUGUCGCUCAAAGUCUCGUCAAUAAGCUCUGUGCAAGCGUAAACUUUAACAACUUCUUGACGAAGGCCAAAAAUUACGGUGUCCGCCUUGAUAUUAUAAGGGUAGACAUGGAAGAACGUUUGGGCCUCACAGUUCCUUGUUACUGUGGGAAAGUUCAUUGGAUAUUAUUGUCUACAUUUAUGAUCAAGAUGAAACUCCAAGCGGUAUUAUUUACGACGUUCGUUGCGUUUGCAACGGUUAACUGUCAUUUCCUUCCGGAUUUUGGUAAGGGACCACUACAUGAAGAUAUUCAAUAUUUCUUGGACAUGAUCCCCAUGGAAGAUGUGAUAAGUACCGUUUUGAAAUACGCCGCGGAUGAUGCCGAAUUCCAAGAUUUUCUCAAAUAUUUCUCAACAACUGAAUUCAAGGAUAUGAUUGUUGAUGUCGAGGCUAUGCCCGAAUUCCGUAGAUUCGCGAAUUACCUGCAAAACAACGGUGUUUUCAUUUACGACGAAUUGAAUAAAUUAAACAAGGUAAUCGGAAUUCCAGCCAUUCACCAAUACAAUUAUGAAAAAAUCACCGGUGGAGUGAAAGGUUUGUUCGAUGACGUCAAGGCACUUAUCUCCUAUGAUAAAUUCAUACAUGGUUAUGUGUACAAGAUGAGGACCUCCGAGGCUUUCCGUGGCUUCGUAGCCGAAUUGAAAUCUAAAGGUAACCAAGAAUUUGCCGAUGCUCUCUACGUAAAUCAACGUUAUUUGAAUUUCCGUGCAUUGAUAAUCAAGAAGGGCAUUGACUUCGUCUUGAUCGAAGACAUUAUUUACACCGUUCUUGGAGUUGAAUUUCCAGUAAUCGAAACCAUGGAAACUUUCGCCUCUCAAGAAUUGUCCAAAGAUCUUCAAGAUUUCAUGAAUUUAAUUGAUAAGGAUAAGAUUUUAAAUAUUAUCACAUCCUAUUUGGAAGAUGAUGAAGUACAGAAAGCUCUUAAAUAUAUGUACAGCGAUGAAUUCCAUGACUUGGUUCGCACCGUUGAAGCUAUGCCUGAAUAUCAAGAUUUGGUAAAAUUCUUGGAAAAUUCUGGUCUGAACAUGACCAAACUAAUCAACAAAAUUCAUCAUUUAUUCGGUAUGGAGGACUACGUGCCGCCUAAAGUUAAUAUCAAAUAUUUAUCCAUGAGUACAUAUUCCAAUCUUGGUGGAGUUAAGGCUUUGGUUGAUGCUGUGAAGGCUGCUCUUCCAUUGGACAAAUUCAGAGCUCUGUACGAGGAGAAAAUGAAGACUUCAGCUGUCUUCAAAACCUUCAUAGAAAAACUUCGCUCGGACGAUUUCCAACACAUCGUCAAAACCGUUUACAGUUCGCCUAUCUUUUUGGAAAUGAGACAAAAAUGUAUCGAAGCUGGAUUAAAUCUCGAACCACUUAGAGAUUUGAUUGAGAAUAUUAUUGGCAUUCAUCUCCCUAGACCUUGAAUCUAUUCUAAAUUUGUUAUACGAUAAUAAUAAAUUUUUAAUUUAA